AUGGUUACUCUCAAGACCAUUCUCUCCAUCUUUGCAAGCAUUUCAGGGCUUUGUGCAAAUCCUCAGAAAACUAACCUCUUCUAUCUUGGCAAAAUCCCUCAUAAAGGCAACUCGUUGGCUGAGAUACUCAACUGUUCUGUCGGUUCCCUCACUUUUUCUUACCUGAGACUUCUCCUGAAAAGAGGUUCUCUAUCAAAAAGAGAGUGGCAACCUCUCCUAGAAUCAUUCAAAAAGAAGUCAUCUUUAUGGAAAAACAAAACUCUCUCCAUUGGAGUCUGUAAGUCUAAGGAAGAAGGAGGGCUUGGGGUGAUUGAUAUCCCCUCUUUUAAUUCAGCUCUCCUCUCCAAAUGGAUUUGGAAAAUUUUCGACAUAACCUCAUUUCUCAGCAAAGUGUUUUUCUCCAUUUAUUCAAAAAAUGGAGCAAAUCCCUUUGCUCAUCAACCAAAGAUGUCAUCUUCAAGAUUUAUUCAAGAUCUAUUCUCCAUUCACUCCACCUUCUUUAACAUUGUCAGAUGGAAUGUUGGAGAUGGCAAUACUGGCAGUUUUUGGCAUGAUAAAUGGUCUUCAGCAAAUACUCUUAGCAGCCUCUUCCCUAUUGCAUAUAAGCUAGCCCUCUCAAAAAACUACAGCAUUGGUUCGCAAGGUGGCCCAUCUGAGCUGGACGACUUACGGUGGCCUCUUCAUUCUUCGGGCAUUUUCACUGUAAAAUCCUUUUACUCAUUUGUUACUUCAGGGGGUCUAAAAUCCCAGUUCUUCAACACGAUUUGGAAAUCCAACAUUUCCUUAAAGGUAAAAGUCCAUCUCUGGAUUAUUUCUAAAAGGACGCUGAAUACAAGAGAUAAUUUGAUCAAAAAAGGAUGGAACCGUGACCCAAGUUGUCCUUUCUGUCAUCGGGAACAGAAACCCACGAUCACUUAUUUAUACACUGCUCCUUUGCUCGCGAUGUUUGGAACUCCCUUCUCCCCCUCUUUCCAGCUAACAGCUAGCCUACGACCAUGGAAGAAUUGUUGCUGCUUCACAAAGUUCCCAAUAUUUGCUCAGAUGCUAAAGCUAUAUGGAAGAUUCUGUUGCCAUGUUUUUGUUGGUGGAUCUGCAGGACAAUGGCUCUCUGCGAUACCAUCCUCCUCCCCUGUCGCCCGACACAAAUCCUUCCUAAAAAUCAAGAAACCAGGCUCCCCUCCCCUCCCCUCACUCGCUCCUCCUCCCCGCCAUUUCCCCUCGCGCCGCCGCUGCUCCGUCCGACCAAUCUCCGCCGUACUCGCGGAGCAAUCUCCGGCGCCGGCUCAACCUCCGCGGGGGCCAGCUCCGGCGAAACCUGGCAGGUGGGAUCUCAACAGCUGGAGGUCCAAGAAGGCUCUCCAGCUGCCGGAGUACCCCGAUGCGGCGAAGCUCGAGGAGGUGCUGGAGACGAUCGAGAGCUUUCCCCCGAUCGUGUUCGCCGGCGAGGCGAGGCAUUUGGAGGAGAAGCUGGGGGAGGCGGCGAUGGGGAGGGCGUUCUUGCUGCAGGGAGGAGAUUGUGCUGAGAGCUUCAAGGAGUUCAAUGCGAAUAAUAUUAGGGAUACGUUCAGGAUCCUGCUUCAGAUGGGGGCUGUGCUUAUGUUCGGUGGCCAGAUGCCUGUGAUCAAGGUGGGGAGAAUGGCAGGACAGUUUGCAAAGCCAAGAUCAGACCCAUUCGAGGUGAAGGAUGGAGUCAAGUUACCAAGCUACCGAGGGGACAACGUGAAUGGGGAUGCCUUUAAUGAGAAAUCGAGGGUUCCAGACCCUGAGAGAAUGAUCAGGGCAUACUGCCAGUCUGCUGCGACCCUCAACCUCCUCCGUGCCUUUGCCACUGGUGGAUAUGCUGCCAUGCAGAGGGUCACCCAGUGGAACCUUGACUUUACUGAGCACAGCGAGCAGGGUGACAGGUACAGAGAACUGGCCCACCGUGUGGACGAGGCUUUGGGAUUCAUGACAGCAGCUGGGCUGACUGUAGAACACCCAAUCAUGACAACCACAGAGUUCUGGACAUCUCAUGAGUGCCUCCUCCUCCCCUAUGAGCAGGCCCUCACCCGAGAGGACUCCACCACUGGCCUUCACUACGAUUGCUCUGCCCACAUGAUUUGGGUAGGUGAGCGCACUCGUCAGCUAGACGGAGCCCAUGUUGAGUUCCUCCGUGGUGUUGCCAAUCCCCUCGGCAUCAAGGUAAGCGACAAGAUGAAUCCAAAGGACCUUGUGAAACUGGUUGAGAUCUUGAACCCUUCAAAUAAACCAGGUAGAAUCACUGUGAUAGUUAGAAUGGGUGCUGAGAACAUGAGAGUGAAGCUUCCCCAUUUGAUUCGAGCUGUUCGUGGAGCUGGACAGAUUGUUACUUGGGUCAGUGAUCCAAUGCAUGGGAACACCAUCAAGGCACCUUGUGGCCUCAAGACUCGCCCAUUUGAUGCUAUUCUGGCUGAGGUUCGAGCGUUCUUCGAUGUCCACGAUCAAGAAGGCAGCCACCCAGGAGGCGUUCAUUUGGAGAUGACAGGCCAAAAUGUGACUGAGUGCAUCGGUGGGUCCCGUACUGUCACCUUCGACGAUCUCAGCUCUCGCUACCACACUCACUGUGACCCUCGUCUCAACGCAUCUCAGUCUUUGGAGCUCUCCUUCAUCAUCGCUGAGAGGCUCAGAAAGAGGAGGAUGGCGUCACCGCAGUCUCUUCUCGCUUCCCCUUUGCCUUCCCUGGGGCUCUGAGUGGACGUAUACCGUGCUAAUAUUUAUGUCAUAAUGUUUUCUUUUGUUUUUUUAUUGUUUUUAUUUUACUUUUAGACAAAAUUAUGAUAAUGCCGUUUGGUUGAGAAUAAGCAGAAGGAGAGGGUAUUGAAUUUGUAUUGAGUGAGAGAAAGGUGCGUCACUUGUGUAAUGGACGAGUUUGCGUGGGUAACACCAAUUGUUCUUUCAAGUUUUAUCUUUGUAGUGAUGAUAAAACCUUUGUUAAAUGGAAAUUAAAGUAAUUUAUCUGAA